UCUUUUUUUUUUUAUCAUGUUAACUAUAUUUAAAAAAUAAAUCAAAAUAAAAUAUAAUGUGAAAAUCUUAAAAUUGAUGGUUGAACUACAAAUAAUAUAUAGAGAGAUUCCGAAAACGAUUUGUGGCAUAGAUAGCUCGACUAGAUGUGUAGAUUUGCUAAAUUUCUUAAGCAGCAAGUUGUAUAUAAAACAUAGACGGCUUAGUUUAUAUAUACACAUAAAAAAAAAUAAUCAAAGUCCAGAAAAAAUUAUUAUAUUACCUAUAUAUGUUAAAAUUUUAGAGGUAAGAGACUUCAUCAAAAACAAAUGCUCAAUUAAUAAUUUUUUAUUUAAAAUUAUGGAAAAUAAUAUAUAUUCUAAUCACAAUUCUCCAAGAAGUUUUAGUGUUACUAAUAGAAAUUCAAAAACCAUAAAUAUUAGCCCCUCCAAUAGUCAAAGUUCAGAAAAAUCUCAAGCAAAUUUUGUUUGCAUCACUCAAGAUAAUUUAUAUGAUUUAUUGUCUAUGCAAAUGGAAAAAUUUAACAAUAAUUUAGAAAAGAAUGUAUCGUAUUCAAAUGAUAAUAUAAGUGAUAAAGAGCAAUUGAUAUAUUGUGUAUUACAACAAUAUUUUUUCCUAAUCAUUCUCUUGACAUUAAAUUAUGAUAUACUUAGCAAACCACACAAAUUUACAAAUCUAGAGACCAUGAAAAAUAUACAAUAUUUAUUACAAAGUCAAAACAAAAAUCUACUAAAUAUCUACCUAGACAAUCAAAACAAAUCUCACCUCCAACAAGAAAUUCAAGAUCAUAACAUGGAAAUCAGGAUUCUUACAAAAUCUUCAUUUGAGUUAGAUACCCAACUCCCCAAAGAAAAUUUACAAAAUUGGCGAGACAAAAUAUCUGCGAAAGAGCAAUGUAUCAAAUCCCAAACCAAAUACCUAGAGGAGUUAGAAAAUUUGAUCUCAAAAGCCCAAACUGAUUUAACCAAAUAUUCUGAAUUCAAUUUUGCAAAUACUUUAUUGCCCAAGGGUUUGCUCAAUACCUCAAAGUCUUCAUCAAUCCUCUCCAAUUUGGGAUGGCGAAAUACUCUGAAAUUCAUAGGGUAGAUACUUUACACGUUUUGGAAUAUAUUUAUCGUCGAAUCAAAUUUAUAAAUUGCUCUCAGCAAAGGAUUAUAAAAUUAAAUGAUUCCAAAUUCCCAUGAAUUUAUUCAUUAUUUCAAUGCGACACGUAUUUUAAACGUAUAAAAUAUGCAAUAUUAUCAAAUAAAAAAAUAACCUUUAAUAGAUAUUAGCUUGUUUACUCAUUUCGCCCAAUUUUUUUGUUCUUGAUUUUUAACCUACCCUUCCGUCUGCCCAAUAGUAUGGACGGGUUUGAACGUGCCCGCUUUUUGCCGACCUCUAAAGUAAAUCCUCUAUUUCCAUUUCAAUUUUAAUUAAAUUAAAAUAUUGCAUAACUUUUUAUAUCCUAGGCGUGAUAAUGAAUCAAAAUCAAAUUAUUUUAACGUUAUUAGUAUUAUCCUUCUUUAUGUCAUAUACAACUUAUCAUUCAGUCGUUUUUUCAAUGCGCCUAAAUUAUAGAAGCUAUACCUACUACCAGGGAUUCGAACCGAACCCAAACCCGGAGAAGUGAACCCGGGUUUUUAGAAAAAAACUCUGAACCCGAACCGAACCUGAACCCCAUUUAUAAAAUUUUCAAAACCCCGAACCGAACCCAAGAAUUUUAUUUGAACCCGGGUUCAACCGGGUUCAGUGUAUUAUUUAAAAUCAUAUAUUAAUAUAUGUAAAUACAAAUAUUAUAUUUUCAAAUUUCCAAUUAAAUGAAGUGUUAAUAAAUU